CAGAAUACAAAGCUCUUCCACGUUUUUCGAAUCAUUGGAACAACAAGCAUAGUUUUCUAGUGAAUUUUGAUCAUGGAUUCUUCUGCUGAUUUUGAAAAUGUGUGCGAGAACCCGAACAUCUUUUCUGAAAUACCUGAAAAUGUAAAUCAAAUGGACGCGACAGAAUCCACAAACAAUUCAAUAUCCGGCGGACGAACCAGGAAGAAACCAGUCCAAAUUGUUGCUUCCAGUGGAAACAGUAGCGCUUCAAGUUCAACCAGGUCAAGUCCUGUGGCGGGAAAGGGUGACAAGUUACCUGGUGCUGUGAAUAACGUGGAGGACAAUUUAGAGAACUUCUCUCUUUCGUUUCGUGAAAAUAUACCCAAAGUUUCCAGAGCACGACCUAUGCGGAAGGGAGACCUGGUUGCGAACUAUGAUUGCCAAAUCCAAGAACCCCACAAAAUGCCACUAUUUGCUGUCGACAUUGCGCCAUACGUACUGCCGCCAAUCAGCGGCGAGGAGGUUGCAAUGGGAACCCAAGAGGAACGGGAAGCACUGAAGGAAAAUUUGGCAAGGGAGACAAAGAGAAUUAGAGCUCUGAAGAGUCUGUGUGCCUCGAAGAAGCAUUUGAAUCAGUGGGAUAUGUACCCGUCUGAUUACCAACAGGUGUUGACUGAUGAAGCGAAGAAGCGGUUGGAUAAGGGCAAGAAACAGAGGGAGGUAUUAGGGCAGUACCCACAGUAUCUGGUGGCAACGUCAGGAGGGAAGAACGUGUGCAUUUAUGUCACGACUGAAGCUCCGGGAAGCAAACUACUAUUGAGAAACGUUUUCGAAGACGUUGAUGGCGACGAAUUUUAUAGUAUCAAGUUUACUCGGAUUCGAAGCAAAAGAAAAGACGGUUCUGAACAUGAUUACAAAGUACUGGUCUGCGCGGGACUCCAUGGAACCUUACGAGUUCUCAAUGUCCGUCAAGGGAAAUCAUUGUAUGCUAUUGAAUCUGCAGCGGGACAAGGCAUCAACGAGAUUGCAGUUCAUCCCAAGUUACCCGAAAUUGUGGCUUGUGUGUCUAAAGAUUUGACCGUCCGUGUUUGGAAUAUUUUCAGCUCCGUUCAAGUGUUGUUAUUGACAUCAGCCGCUCUAUACGGUCACGUGAGUGAAAUACUAACACUUGAUUGGUCACCUGACAAGGGAAAUAAAUUAGUGACAAGUGGUAUGGACAACAGUCUGGUAUUGUGGGAUAUUUCGGACCAAAAGUACAAGGAUGCUUUGGAGUAUUCGUAUGUGUACAAAGAAGAAGCAAGUGCCAGCAUGAAACGAAGAUACGACAACCACCGCAAACCUCAGCUGCCUCUCCAAGUCUGUUUUCCUCAACUUGUGAACAAAUCUAUCCACAAAAACUACGUCGACUCUGUCAAAUUUCUAACAAAAGACAUCAUAAUAUCAAAGAGCUCUGAGAACUACAUCGCAGCUUGGACCGAUCAGACAACGAGAACCGAAGACAAUACAGUGAAGAGCUUGUGUAGCAUACUGUUCCAGUACGAGUUGACGGCUUCGAAGAUCUGGUUCAUGAAGUUAGCCCUCCAGCCAAAAACCAGGCGUUUGCUGGCUCUGGGUUUGCAAGACGGCCGCAUAAUGGUGAUGGACUUGAAAAGUGACCCCGACCCCCAGAAGUUUAGGAUUAAUUUCUUGAGGGCGACCGGAAAUGUUGCAAUAUCAGCCAUUAGACACGUAGCUUUUUCACCAGAUUCCAGAGUGCUAAUUGGAGUGACUCAGGAUGCAAAGGUGGUGAAGUUCUCUCUCAACGGCGCUGCUAUUAUUGACAAACGCAUCAAAUUUGGCAUAUAUCCCAUAAUCGCACUGAACGAAGAAGCAUUCGAAGAUUUCCUUUCCUCGGGAACAGAAAAGAGCAACACCGCCUCAUCAUCUGAUUUCGAAAAGACUAAAUCUGAACCAGUUGCAAUGUCCGAAAAUGCGAAUCUGGCUGAACAAAAUGACAAGUAUGAACUAGUACCGAUUGAAGCAAUUUUGGGCGACGAAAGCGAAUUAUGUUCGACUGAUGAAAACGUUUCUAUGGAGGUCGAUAUUCCAACAGCUGUCAUAUGAUUUAUGGAUAUUUCAAGUUUUUGGAUAUGGAAGGACUAUAACAUUUAUCGUGGUCCGAAAAUAGUGUAUUGAUUUUAUUUGGUAAUUUCGACCAAUUUGCACUUUGUUUUUGAAUGAAGCAUAUUUUUGUUUUCUGGCAAUUUUUUUUGAGUUAUAAAAUUGGAUGUUAUAGCUUUAAUUCUAACUUAGUAAAUGCAACGACAAGACUUCUAAGGUGAGACUUCAUGGGGUAAUUUAAUUUUUAUGUGCCUAACUAUACUGACAUAGUUGUUUUUACACUUGCGAAGCGAAGUGUAUUAGUAGGAGUUUUAUGUUUUUCCAACCU